AUGUUUGCUUUUCUCUUACGCAGUACUCUUCACAAUUUGCACUCCAAUAGUUGCGUAUUUUUUUCUGCAUCACUGAUUGACUUUGCAGUGCAAAUAUACACACAUCAAAAGAUUGCUACUUUAUCAACACAGGCAAGAAUUCCGCAUUGCAUUCAGAAGAGAAUCAAUGCAAUUGCAGCCCAGCCAGUCUGGAAUCCACCAGCUACUGUAUAUGAAUACUUAUACCAAAACAAGAGAACUUUCCUAUUCAGUAGCAACUGUUGUGAUCAAUUCAAUGAACUUUAUGACAAAAAAUGCAAUCGUAUUUGUGCACCAUCAGGUGGAUUCACAGGUCGAGGUGAUGGUAAAUGUUCGGAUUUUACUACAACUGCUAAAACUAUAGGCAAAGUCUGGCAAGAUCCACGCACACGUGGAUAA